AUGAGUUCAACCAACUUCGCCGCUGCCCAAGAGCGGGUUCUGGAACGUCGUCGCCUACGCGAGGCCGAAGCCCGCGCCCGCCAUACCGCACAGCAGCGGGCUUCCCCGAUCAGCCCGGCCGUUGUCCAACGAUUGCCGUAUCCGUUGAAUCGACUACCCACUUCCGGAUGGCGCAUAUGGAACUCUGUGAAGGGUCGGGAUGGAACAAGGCCUGCUUUCCGAGUUGGUCAGGUCGAUGCUGAAUUGUUGGAUGAAGAGCUACUGGGUCUCAUGAAGAGCCAGGUCGGCGAUGCCCUCAAAUACUUCGGACCCCAAAUGCGUGAAGAUUGGUCCCACGAGAUUCUGUUCGGCUUACGGGCUAUUCUCUUCAAAUUAUCUAUAUGGGAUCACAAUGCCUCUUAUGGUGCUGCACUCCAAGGUCUUCAAUACACCGAUAGUCGAAGCAAAGGACCUGUGUUUUCCACUCCUACCAAAUGGCAGAAGUCUGUCUAUGGUCUGUUGACGGUCGGAGGCCGCUAUGCCUGGGACAAGUGGGAGAGCUGGUUGAUUGCACAAGAGGGCGGCUAUGAGGAGCCUUCACAGGAUGUUCGCAUGCUAUCACGACUCACCGACUUCAUCUCAACUUCCCACUCCAUCGCCGCCUUCGUCUCUUUCCUCGUAUUCCUGGUGAACGGCCGAUACCGCACCUUGGUCGACCGUAUCCUCCGCAUCCGCCUGACCCCUCCAUCCGCCCAAGCUAGCCGUGAAGUGUCCUUCGAGUAUCUAAAUCGACAACUGGUCUGGCACGCAUUCACUGAAUUCCUCCUAUUCCUCCUUCCGUUGGUCGGAAUCGGCCGCUGGCGGCGAUGGAUCUCCCGCGCAUGGCGGAAGAUGAUGAAUUCCGUCCGAUCGAGCGGGGAAAGCGACGAGCCUUCCGAGAAGCAAGGAGAGCUAGCCUUCCUCCCCGAGCGCACCUGUGCCAUAUGCUACCGGGAUCAGAACCCUACUUCAACGACAGAGACCGAUGUACUAGCGGCUUCUGCAUCUGGUGGUAUCUCUGGAUCAGCGCAGACCGACAUCACAAACCCGUAUGAGACUGUCCCGUGUGGUUGUAUCUAUUGCUUCGUCUGCAUCGUGCAGAAAGUCGAAGCAGAAGAAGGCCAAGGGUGGACUUGCUUACGAUGUGGAGAAACUGUCAAGAAAUGUCAACCUUGGAACGGAGAUGUCCUUGAGGAGGCGCGCUCUCAGCCAGGCACUGGCAAGAUCGUUGGCUUCGCCAUGGACGGAGAGUCCGGCGAUAAACCUCGCGGGGCUGAUCGUGACCAGGAUGAUUUUGAAAAGUCCAGCCCAUUACAGGAGAUCAGUGCCGAUGAAGCUCUGCAGCAUUCGGAGCAAUGGUCUACUAUUGAAAAGGACGCAGAAGACGAGGGUGUCGACCAAUCUCAAGCACACUGA